UAAUGAAUCUCGAUAGCGCAGCUGACUUUUGUCCCUAAUGUCAUUUUAUGUUAGAACUGCCAGAAGUUAUGGAUGUAAUUGAAUGCAAUCGUUGUGGAUAUAAAGUAUCUAAUCAACUAUAUCAAAUUAGUGUUCUAUCACUGAUUAUCAACCUAAAUUCAUUAUCUCAACUAUCAAAAUGGAACCUAAAUCUUGGCUAUCUAAUCAACCAUAAGAGUCUAAACUGUCUGAUCAAUCACAUAGAGCUGUUAUUUAACAAGCCUGUCCUAAAUGUAGUCAUGAAGAAGCAUAUUUUUCAACUGCUUAAUUGAGAUCAGCAGAUGAAGGAUCGACUGUAUUCUAUGAAUGUGUAAAGUGUCAGUUCCGCUACCAAUUAAAUAAUUGAA